AUGUCGCGCGCAAUUACAUUUGUUACGGGAAACGCUGGCAAAUUGGCUGAAAUGACGUCUUCUGGCGGCUAUCCGAAGGUGCAACUGAUCUUCCCUAAGCACUGCACUCUCGAGAAUUUGUCGCUUUUCUCUGGAUUUAAGGCAACGAUUCCACAUCUGCUCAAUCCGCAAGCCAAGGAGAGGUACAAAGUGGUUGAACUUCCGACUGCCGCUCCAACGAAGGGUCAAAAGUUAACAAGUGCAAUUCUAGCAGCAUCUCGGCGGAACAGGGUUUCGCAUGUCAACGAUUCAUCGUCACCAGCGAAAAAUGCAGUAUGCGAACGCAAUUUCUGCUUGGGAUCGCGUCAAACGUUUGGAGGCGGCCGAAAGAAACCCUUGUCUGCGUAA